AUGGAUGCUACUGCCGAGUCGGUUGCAUCGGCGUUCGCUGUUGUAUUGGGCCAAGAGCAGGGUGACCGUCGUUUGGCUGAACAGAGGCUCACUGCUUUGGAAGUAUUGGAUUCCUACCCUAUUGUGUUGGCAAACUUGACAACGGAUGAACAAGUGGCUGUCGGAAUUCGUCAGCUUGCCGCCAUCACCCUCAAACAGUACGUAUACAACCACUGGAGUGAAACGGAGUGCCCAAAUUUCAAGCCCCCUCAGCCGUCAGAUGAAUGCAAUGUCCGCAUACCAAACAACGGCGAGCGCAAUGUUGGCUCGGUAGUGGGGGUUGCGGUCGUCCCUUCUGAGAGCAGUCUCGUCAAACUCCAAGUUCGCAUGCGGCUGCUCCAAUCAUUAGGCGGUCCAGUGCGUCUCAUUCGUACAGCAAUUGCUCAAUCGAUCACAGCGGUUGCCCAAUACGACUGGCCAGAUAAUUGGCCCAAUCUACUUGGCGAGUUAACUCGGAUGCUCGAUGAAGUGGCCAUGGGAACCGACCUCAGUCCAGAGCAGUCCAAAGCGAUUACUCAUGGUGCAAUGCAAGCGCUUGUGGGACUCAGUGCGGAAGUUUCAGAUCUAGAUAUACCACAAAUAACCCCAGUGCUGAUGCCUAGUUUGGUUCGGAUUCUCUGUGACGGACAGCGCUUCGGAGAUGCUACUCGCCGGAAUGCUGUUUCUGUCAUCAGUAAUUUGGUCAAUACAACACUCAGCCUCAACGACAAGAGUAUCUUCAAUGCCGCAGUUGGAUGCCAUCUUCGUCCGUGUAUAAAUUCCCUGAUUGCGGGCCUCACCUCCACAGAUCAUUCCUUGGAAGAAUCUGCAUUUGAGAGUGAGGUCAUCCAGCUACUUACGACCUUGUGUGUGGAGAUGCCCGGAUUCGUAAGCAGUCAUCUAGAUGGUGGUCUUCCAGGAUUGACAACCGCUUUAUGGCAGAUACUUCAGCGGGUUACGAAUUUCUAUGUGCAACUCAAAGUCUUUUCCCGCCGACGCGAUCUGCCCAGCGGUAGUCAGCUGAGUGAGGAUGAGGAUGUUGUUGAUUCAGAUGGUGAAUCGAUCGAAUACGCUAACUUAGUGUAUUCUUUACUGGAAUUUCUAAGUGGGCUGGCCAGCACAAAGCGCUAUCGAUCCAAACUGGGAAGCUACCUACCAGAUGUGAGCUACCAAUUGACACGCUUACUUCAAUUGCCGGAUUCGACGAUUCGUCGCUGGUCCUCGAGCGUCACCGAAUUCUUGGAAGAUACUCAAGAAGCCCUCGGCUGCUCUGUGCGUCUGUCUGCUUUAGACGUGAUGAAAAAGUUUUCAGAGCUCUUCCCUGGUUGGUCGGUUAGCCUAAACAAGACACUAAAUCAAUUGUUUUCGACGGCCGAAUUGCAGCAUUCAAGGGGUGAUCCUGACUGGUGGAAAUUACUGGAAGUAGCCCUGUUGCUUGUGGGAACGUUUUCUUCGUGUUUGUUCCUGCACCAAGCAGACGGUGCCCCAGACGUUCAGACUGCCAGUGUACCAAUUCGGCUUGAUACAAUUUGCAGCCGUUACCUCCUCCCCAGUUUGAGGCAGUCUGAUCUUCCGUUUCUCAAGGUUGCAGCGCUUCACUGUAUUGCUCGACUAUCCAUACAUGAUUAUCCCGGUGGGCCACGACUCGAAGAUCUUCCGGCUGUUUUGGCUGAUGCACUGUCACAGUCACAACCUUCCGUUCUGAGAGUGGCUUCUGUCAAGGCAUUGGGUAGUGUGGGAAGUCGCCUGCGUCAGGUUUGUGCGGCAGCGUCGACCCCUAUGUCUGCCAUCACACAACAUUUACCUAAUUUGGUCGCUAGUGUGGUCGAUUGUUUGUCAAGCUUCGGAGAACCUAUUCUGGACGAUGGAUUGUACGCCCUGUACGCUGUUUUACGGAUCGAUCCACAAGGGUUUACUUUGUCAGCACAGAACCAGGUUACCGCGAUUAUGGUCGAUUUGUUCAAACAUUGUCUGAGCGUUGCAAGCACACUCUCCGUGUACCUGGACAUUCUACAUACCAUUCAGGAGACGGGCAAUCAGUCGUCAUCAGAGGCGUUGGAACAAGCUUUCCUUCCGAUGUUGUUGACUUGUUUGGAGCAACAAGACACUUUGGAGUCCGUUGUAGUUGAGGCAGCAAUGCAGGUGCUCUGUGUGCUGAUUAGAGGCUCGACUCCAGCUCUUAACUCCAUCUUUAUGCAACGCAUAUUUCCUGCUGUGGUGCACGUUGCAAUCACCAGUUCAGAUUCAAUCAUCAUUUCACGUUCCUGCGAAGUGCUGCGAUGUUACCUUGCGGUUGGCGUGGAUCGUGUCCUGGAAUGGCAUGACGAUGAAGGUAACAAUGGAAUCGGCUACAUUUUGCACGUGACUUCACGUCUGUUGGAUCCUUCUGGUCCAGCUGAGUGGGCAACUGCUGCCGGUAGACUAGUUUGCGCUCUUCUGCUCAGGGUUCAGACAGAUCAACUCCGUGAAAACAGCGAUCUCUUACUGCGUGGGACAUUGGCUCGAUUGUCCACUCUACCACUCAUCUCUUCCGAAACUGCAGGUUCAACUCGGACGCUGUACACGCUCGAUGAUGGGGCCAUCAACACGUCAGACCUUGUAGCUGGUAGUGUAGGUGGUGCGCGACAAAGCCUGGUUUUCGUAUUUAUCGUACUGUGUCGUCUGCAGCCACAGGCAGUUAUCGAUUUUCUAUCCAGCGUACCAGAUCCUCUCGGUCAACCUGUUAUGGCGAAAGUGAUGAGGCUUUGGUGCGCCUGUCAACCAUUCUAUUUCGCCUCUCAUGAAAUUCGUAUCAGCGUCCUGGCCUUGUCGAAUUUGUUGUUACACGCAAUCAAAUCAGGCGACGCUCGCCUCAUGCAGAUCACUACCACUGGCGAAGAAAUUGAUGACGGUUCGUCCAACAACGUGGCAGCGAGGACACGGAAUAAACAAAGUUCAAAACCCAAGGUCUACCUUCAGAUCCCUCUGCUCGUAAAGAUGUACAAAUUAUUAAUUCAUGAACUUGCAAAGGUCUUGGAACAAGAGGAGGAUGGCAAUGAAGAGGAAGAGGAAGAAGAAGAAGACACAGAUGCCGAAUGUGGAGAUGAUGAAAAUGGUUCUCAUAUGACAGAACGACUGGAUGUGGACGAGUCGACGCAUAACGAACCAACGGCAAACCCAUCGCCGUAUGCUGAAUCAGACGAUGACUCUGAUGAUGGUUUGGAAGUUGACGACCCCAUUUUUUCAAAUGACCCGGUCAUGACGGUUGAUAUUAAAGAGCAUCUUUGUGAACUAUUUCGGACGCUUUCACAACAGCCCUUCUACAAUGAAUUCAGUCGUUACCACAGUGGAUCUGAACUGGCAGUUUUACAGCAAGUCGGUGUGCUCAGCUUCAGCUAGUCCCCAAUUCCAGCGGUCCUUCACCCUCCAUUGACCUCUUUCUACAGUUCGCUUUAUUUUUGUACACAUGACAUGCUUUACUCAACCAAGACUUUUCAUGAUCUUCCCCGUCUUAUUGAGAUUGCUUAAGUUUGUAUUCUCUAAAGUCCGUCCCAGGUAAAUGUUCAAAUUUCCGG